UAAUAAUCUACUUUUCUUUUUAAAAAAAUAAUUUAAAAUGGGUAGAAAGAGAAAUAAAAAGCCCUCGAAGAAUUUUAUUUGUCGAAAAUGUUCAGAAAAAACCAUCAAAGUUAGCUCUGAAGAACUUCAAACUCUUCAAAACAUGCAAAUAACGGAAAAAGUUGCCCCAAAAAAAUUAUUUGACACUCCAGAUGCAUCUGCUUCAAAUGAAUGUGAUUCCGAGGAUGAAACCGCAAAAUAUAAUCCAGAAUUAGCAAUUCCUGUGACAAUUUCCGACAACGACAGAUAUGAUAAAAGCCGAAAACUGAAUGGGAGUGCCGUUAUUUUCAAUUUUGAAAAUUUUCGCAAUUCAAAAAUGUAUCCAAAACGCGAAGGAUCUACAAAAGAUGUCAAACGUCUUUCGGAAAUGUUCGAAAAAUUAAACAUUGACAUACCGGAAGAUCGAAUUUAUGAAAAUUUGUCACACAGCUCCAUGAUUACGAAGAUAAAAGAGCUCAAAUCAAUGACCCCAUUGUUAUCAGAUAGUAAUGCAUUGAUUGUGGUAAUACUCUCACACGGCCUUGAACAUGAUAACGUUAUGGCUGCCGAUCGUUCUUUUUCGCUGAAUGACAUCAUCGAUAUGUUCACACCUGAAGAACUUCCUGAAAUGGCAACUCGACCCAAAAUAUUUCUCGUUCAAGCGUGUCGCGGAGACAAAUUGGAUUCUGGUGCAAUUUUGAAAGAGCAAAAGUUCACGUUUGAUCAAGUAGAUUCCGGAAUAGAGGAGAUUCCGUUCAAUUAUCCAAGUCAUGCGGAUGUUUGUGUUGCUUACAGUUCGCAUCAUGGGCAUUAUUCGUUUCGCAAUGCCAACGGAUCGUGGUUUAUUCAAGAGUUUUGUAAUGUUCUCGAGGAAAUUGACUUAAAGCAGAACCAUUUCUUGGAUAUUCUCGCACAAACUAAUGCCAAAGUCGCAGUUCGUGGAACUAGCUCUGAGGAUGUUAAAUUUGAUGAUAAAAAGCAGAUUUCGAGCUUUUAUUCGACGUUUACGAAAAAGUUUUAUUUGUCGGAUUAAAACAUUUCGUUCAAAAAAGUCAUCAAGAAAUUUUUUGACAAUGAUGAAUUUUGAACAAGUUUAAGUAGCUGAAAAUCAAAGCUGCCAAUUUAUGACUUAAACUUAAGCUUACAUGCGACUUAAACUUUAAAUAUUUUGACGUAAUGAAGUCAAAAUAUGUCAAAAGUGAAAUUUUAUUGAAUU